GGACGAUGUUUCUGUUGUGGUCACGUGAACAUCAGGCUAUCAGCUGUCGUUUUUUUUAACUCGCUAUUUCGUUUAAUAGGAAAACAAACUUGGAUUGUUGUUAUUAAUAUUGCGAUAGUCAAUAAAGCAGCCUGUGAUAUCAGUGGAUAAAUGUACUGAAAGCGUGAUAUUAUUAGUUAGACUCCAGAUGUCAGGCAAAAUGCAGGUGGUGGUGCGAGGCCUGAUCCUUUUCUGCUGUGGCAUCAUCUUCUCUCUAGUCCUUAAUCUCCUACAGGUACAUCGGGAGUUGUUAGAGGAUGGUCAACAGCCAGGCUCAUUUGCGCACUACGACUCCUCUUGGUGGGUGCUACCAGCAUGCGGUCUUACAGCAGCCUUUGUUGGGCUAUUGUACCCUGUUCUGGACAGCCAUCUUGAGACGUCCCUGAAGUACAAACAGGAGUGGUCCAACGUGAUGCGGUGUGUGGCAGUGUUUGUAGGCAUCAACCAUGCCAGUGCAAAACUGGAUUUCAUGAACAAUCUCCACAUGUCUCUCACACUGGCAGCUAUGUGUAUAGGGCUGUGGUGGCUGUUUGAUCGCUCCAAGAGUGGCUUUGGUCUGGGUGUAGGGAUCGCAGUCCUGGCUACUAUACUCACACAGUUCUUAGUCUAUCAGGGCAUCUACAAAUACGGGCAAGCAGACUUUAUGUUCAUACGCUCCUGGCUACCGUGUAUAUUCUUCUCAGGGGGUGUAACUAUGGGGAACAUCGGACGACAGCUUGCCAUGUAUGGGGAUAAGGACAAGAAAGAUUGAGCCCCCAUGAGUCUUCGAUUACCCGUAAUAGACAGAAGACUGGAAGAGAAGACUUGAACUAGAUCAUCAUAUUGCGAUCUCCUUGCAAAAAGGAACGCCAAGUUAUCAGUGAAUCGAACGGGCACUGAGCUAUGAUUAUGGAAAGUCAUUUGUGGUUUCAGGGAUUCUAUUGCAUUUGUAGUAUGAUUUGAACCUCCGAUAUUACGCAUUUUGGUUGUUGGUACAAGAAUUCCCACUAAAUGUGUUCUGGGACUUGUGAUAUCAUACUCUUGCUGAGAUUUUUGGUUGUUGAAACCUUUUCAAUUCCAAGUCAGUGAAUUCAUAUGGUAGAUAGCAUAUGAAUGAAGAUAAAGACUAGUUAUUUAAAAUCAUGAUCUCUAAGAAAUUAAAUAUUGCCAUUUUUUUCAUUACUUGAUACCUAAAAAUACAAAGGCAUCUUUCAAAAUUCUGAUAAGUGUUAUAUGAGCAAUAGAAAAAUGGUUAAUUUAAAAUACAUGUAUUUGAAAAUGCUAAGCUACAUUAUAAUUGUAUGCUGUUUAUAAAUUGAAAAUGAUAUUUUAAGAAGUGAAGCAUACAUUUGUACAAAUGUUUAAAACUUGUUCAUUUGGUGUUCAUUUUGAUAAAUUAUGACUGCAAAUGUGCUUUGAUUAUGUUGUUGUUGGGAAAGGUGUGCUAAGGCUGUGUAAGAAAUCUCAGGAACAUUGUCUCAAGUUGUAUCAAGAACUUGCUUUUGUUCAAAUUUCGUGAAAAGAUUUUGUAGAUUAUGUUUGACCAGUUGUUUUAGAUAUGUAUAUUAUUUGUUAAAUAAUUUAAAUCUUUAAAACAUGUUUUAAGCAUAUAUAAAACAUAAAUUUGUUAUGCGUUAUGUAUGCAAAUUCCAUAAUUGGGUACUGAAAUUAAUGGCAUAAAGAUAGUUAUAUUUCCAAUUGUAUAUAAAAGUUAGUGUCAGGUAAAUAAUUUCAAGCCAAUUUUGAUAUUCAUUGUGUAAAUAGUUCUAAGGGGUUAGGCAUAUUGUCAAUUCCAUUGUGUAAGAUUGGGUUAAUGAAUGUGUAUAUAGCUUUUAGUAUACAUAUGUUUGUAUGGUUGUGUAUUAUAAGGCUCACUUAUUUUGUCCUUUAUCUUACAAAAUACCUAUAUUAAUGUAUUUCAGAUAAACGGAACAAUGAUUAUUUUCUUGCCUUUAUGUUAUGACAUGUUUUGUUAACUGGGUGGUACCGGAGUCAACUGGGAUUUAAAUGCUGUUUUUUUCUGCCAUCAUUGCAUGAAAUUUACCUCAUAUGGCAUUCUAAAAACUUGAAGUCCUGAACAAAAAAUUUCCAUUUUGCAUAAAGCCGUUAUAUAACCCCUUCACGAAUUAUAGUACACAAGUUUUAAACAGCUGCAUUAGUGAUUAUACGAGUCGCAUCAUGCCAAAAUGGGUCUUGUGCCAUAUGCAGCCAGCAUAGCUCCUGACCAGAAUGCAUUCCUGUAGGCUAACAAGACCACAAAACCUUACGUGACUUUAAAGGGGAAAUUGUAUUUGCCAUAAGACUCAUUUAGGAAUGCCGCUGCUCAACAAUAUUGAAGUUAGUUUAAUAUUUUUGUUGAAUGAUGAAACAGAAGUUAAGCAUAAUCCAUUUGUAAAAAAAAAGUAUAAUUUCAGAAAAGAUUAUUUUAAAUAUGCAACAAUUAUGGAGAUACAGUUUAUAUCUUUUUUAUGCAUUUAUAAAUAAAUUACAUUUAAACAACUCAGUAAGUUUACUUAUUCUAUUUUUAAUUGAUAAAUAUUGGGUGUGCCAUAUUUAUUUGUGUUUUUUUUAGACGUUUUCGCAUUGUGUCUUAAAAAGACUUAUUAAAAGAUUUUAAUAUUUAAACAAAUAUUUAAAGUCUUAGUGGUAAAAUCUGGAGCAGCAUCUGAUGCACUUUCAACAAGUUGCAUGUUUGAUUAAUCAAAAAUUUACACAAAUUAAACAAAAAUCGUAUAAUUUGAGCGAUUGUAAUAAAUGUUCAUGAUAAAUGAAACUAGUUUGGUAUAACUAUGUUACAUAUAAUUCACUCAUAUUCAAGUUUGAACAGGCAUGUACUAUGUAAAAGUGCAUUGUAUGUUUUGCACUGUAUCCUUUAAAGAACAGUUUGUAUUGUUGUUGAGGUCAUGCUUACAAUAAUUAUAAAGAAAAAAUACAAAAUCUUGAAUAAAAAAUUAAAAAGGUAA